CCUUGUAAGAUCUUCUACAAUGUGUUCUCAUGAUCCUCUUCACUUCGUCGUAAUACCCUUUAUGGCCCAAGGCCAUAUGAUCCCAUUGGUCGACAUCUCUAGGCUCUUGUCCCAGCGCCAAGGCGUGACUGUCUGCAUCAUCACAACUACUCAAAAUGUAGCCAAGAUCAAGACUUCACUCUCAUUUUCCUCUUUGUUUGCGACUAUCAACAUCGUUGAAGUUAAGUUUCUGUCUCAACAAACGGGUUUGCCAGAAGGGUGCGAGAGUUUAGAUAUGUUGGCUUCAAUGGGCGAUAUGGUGAAGUUCUUUGAUGCUGCCAACUCACUUGAGGAGCAAGUUGAGAAAGCUAUGGAAGAGAUGGUUCAGCCGCGGCCAAGCUGCAUCAUUGGAGACAUGAGCCUUCCUUUCACUUCAAGACUUGCCAAGAAAUUCAAGAUCCCCAAACUUAUCUUCCAUGGGUUUUCUUGUUUCAGCCUCAUGUCUAUACAAGUGGUUCGAGAAAGCGGGAUCUUGAAAAUGAUAGAAUCAAACGACGAGUAUUUUGAUUUGCCCGGCUUGCCUGACAAAGUUGAGUUCACGAAACCUCAGGUCUCUGUGUUGCAACCUGUUGAAGGAAAUAUGAAAGAGAGUACGGCCAAGAUUAUUGAAGCUGAUAAUGACUCUUAUGGUGUUAUUGUGAACACUUUUGAAGAGUUAGAGGUUGAUUAUGCAAGAGAAUAUAGGAAAGCAAGGGCUGGAAAAGUUUGGUGCGUUGGACCUGUUUCCUUGUGCAAUAGGUUAGGGUUAGACAAAGCUAAAAGAGGAGAUAAGGCUUCUAUUGGUCAAGACCAAUGUCUUCAAUGGCUUGACUCUCAAGAAACUGGUUCAGUGCUCUACGUUUGCCUUGGAAGUCUAUGUAAUCUUCCCUUGGCUCAGCUCAAAGAGCUGGGACUAGGCCUUGAGGCAUCUAAUAAACCUUUCAUAUGGGUUAUAAGAGAAUGGGGAAAAUAUGGAGAUUUAGCAAAUUGGAUGCAACAAAGCGGAUUUGAAGAGCGGAUCAAAGAUAGAGGACUGGUGAUCAAAGGUUGGGCGCCGCAAGUUUUCAUCCUCUCACACGCAUCCAUUGGAGGGUUUUUGACUCACUGUGGAUGGAACUCGACACUAGAAGGAAUUACUGCAGGAGUUCCAUUAUUGACAUGGCCUUUGUUUGCUGAACAAUUCUUGAAUGAGAAGUUAGUUGUGCAGAUACUAAAAGCAGGGUUAAAGAUAGGAGUAGAGAAAUUGAUGAAAUAUGGAAAAGAAGAGGAGAUAGGAGCGAUGGUGAGCAGAGAAUGUGUGAGAAAAGCUGUGGAUGAGCUAAUGGGUGAUAGUGAAGAAGCAGAAGAGAGAAGAAGAAAAGUUACAGAACUUAGUGACUUGGCAAAUAAGGCUUUGGAAAAAGGAGGAUCUUCAGAUUCUAAUAUCACAUUGCUCAUUCAAGAUAUUAUGGAGCAAUCACAAAAUCAAUUUUAAAUUUUGGUAUUUGGCACCAGAGAAAAACAAAAUAUAUGCUUAUAAAAUAGUGUUUUAUUUUCCAUGUUAGAUUAACAAUGUUUCAUGUGUCAAAGGUGCUUUUGUGCUGUAUAUAUCCACAAUAUCCAGACAGAAUUUGUUUCAUACUUUUGG